AUGCAAAAGGAAGUGAUAGACCAAAUUCUAAGUGACAAGGAUAUCUUAACUAUCAUGCCUACAGGAGGAGGAAAAUCCAUUUGUUAUUGGAUUCCUGGUCUAGCAAGAAUAGGGGUGACUGUGGUGAUUACCCCAUUGGUAGCACUGCUCAAUGACCAAGUGGCUAAAUUGAAGAAGUAUGGAGUAAGUGUAUGUUAUGUUAACUCAUCCAUGUUAACAGAAGAGAGAGAGAAUAUAUUUCAUGAACUGACCAAAGAAAUUCCACAGUUUAAGUUCUUUUAUCUUACACCAGAAACUGCUCUUACACCAUCAGUCAGAGCAUGUUUUGAAGCAAUGGUAUUGAAUAAAACCUUAUGCCGGUUCAUUGUGGAUGAAGCCCAUUGUAUUGAUACCUGGGGACAGGGUUUCAGACCAUCAUAUGGCCAAUUAUGUGAGCUAAAGCAGUUUAAUGUCCCAGUUGUUGCAUUCACUGGAACAGCAACAACCCAUACUAAAGAAAAAAUAAUUGAAAAAUUGGGGUUGGCAGAACCAGCAGUCAUUCAAUCUACUUGCAAUCGACCAAAUUUGAAUUAUACUGUCCGUCCAAAAAGUGGCCCGCAUUCAAAAGAAGAGUUGGUUACUUACAUCCAGCAAAACUUUCCCAACAUGUGUGGUAUUGUGUACUGUUUCAGCACUAAAGAUACUGUUGAAUUGGCUUACAUUUUUAAAUCCAAAGGACUUUCAGCAGUUUACUACCAUGGCCAACUUGAUUACUUUGAGAAAACUGAGAAUGCCAAAGAUUGGUUGUCAGGCAAAGCAUUAAUAAUGUGUGCCACAAGUACAUUUGGUAUGGGCAUUGACAAAGCGAAUGUACGCUUUGUUGUUCACCUAAGCAUACCAAAGUCUCUAGAAGAGUACUAUCAAGAAGCUGGAAGAGCAGGUCGCGAUGGCAAGAAGUCACAUUGCAUCCUUAUGUUUAGGUUUGAGGACAGGAACAAGUGCAUUCAGCUAAUUUCGUGCUCAAAAUCAAAACAACAUGUAGAGAGUAAAGGCUAUCACAACAUUGCUCAUUAUGGUGCAGGAAAAAAUGCCUUCAAGAACGAUUCAGAUGUGAUAAAAUUUGUGCAACACCUAAUAAUUGAGGAGAUACUGGCAGAGAAUAUUCAAGGCAGUGCUGGAAGAUUUAUAGCACCAUUUAUUACUAUUGGUACAAAGGCAGAAUCGCUCAAAAACAAAGAAAUAAAAUUUUUCCUUAGAAUGUAA